UAAGCGCAGGCCGGCCUGCGGAGCGUUGAGAGUGGGAGCCCAGGCCCCCAGGCAGGGGGUGGGGCUUGUCGUGGGCGGAGUCCGCCCGGGUGCUCUACUUCCAGCCCCCACGGUGGCUUUCGCUGACUCUGUUAGGCCUAGUGUAGUUUGGCGUGUGAUUGGUUUUGAGACACUGCAGAUGGGGACGUUGCAGAGACGAAGAGAUAUUCCGCCGUGGGUGAACGUUCCUGGAGACUUGAAAGACCCAGAGGUGUUUCAGGUCCAGACACGACUCUUGGAAGCGAUAUUUGGCGUAGGUGGAUCUCGAAUCUCGUACAUCGAGCAAGUGAGCAAAGUCAUGCUCGAGUUAAAGGUUCUGGAAUCCUCGGGCCUCACCGAGGUCGUGGUUUACGGCUCUUACUUGUACAAGCUUAGGGCCAAGUGGAUGCUCCAGUCCAUGGCCCAGUGGCACCACCAGCGCCAGGAACGAGGGAUGCUCAAGCUCGAGGAUGCCAUGAAAGCGCUGCAUCUAGGUCCUUGCAUGAAGUGAAGCCAGUUGGCAACAACCAACGUACCUGGAAGCAGGAUUUUGAGAGCAGACUGGCCAGAGUUGGAAUGCUCUUGCCUGGUUUAAAGUCUGCUCCAGCGUGGCAAGGAAAAACCGGCUGGAUUGUGGGCUGGUUUGUGGUCUCUGACUUCCCCCGGAGUCCUAAUUUGUCUAUCCAUGCCAUCCGUGCCCUCCUCCUCCCUUCCCCCUUCCCCCGCCCUGCCCAAAUUUGCUAAUUAAAGAAUAAGAUGUUUAAUAAAUAGCUCUUUGAUGUAUCGUU